CCCCAUCCACUCUGCCUUCUGAAAGCCUUCAGCGGCUUGAGGCUGGGGUUCAGGCCCUCCGGCUGCUGUGCAACAGUUAAUGACAUUCUCAAUUCCUGCAGCAAAGCAGACAGCUGCUUUCACCACCCUGUGCUGGGCUUUUGUGAUUCCAUUACCUGCAGCAGAGGAAACCCAGCGCUGGGGCUUGGUAGCUGUCCCUGAAGAAGGUUCUGACCCCAGGCGUGGUGGCAGCUGUCACUUUAAGGCACUCAAGAUGAGUGGCGAUGUGGCAGACUCCACAGAAGCACGGAACGAACCCGACCAAGUGGAACCAGGAAAUGAACGAAAUGGGCUGGACUUUAACAGACAGAUUAAAACAGAAGACCUCAGUGAUUCCUUGCAAUCUCCGGUACAGCCCAGAUCAGGCCACCUAGGACAAGGAUCAUCAAUGAUGCCUGGAAGCCAAAUCACUGGGGAUAUGAGUUCUCUUCACACCCUGCAGCAGCUUGUGCUGGUGCCCGGUCCUAUGCAAUCGGUUCCUCAGUUCCUGCUCUCUCAGGCCCAGGCUGGGCAACAAGCUCUGCAGCCAAACAUUCUCUCCUUUCCCCAGCAACAGAGCAGCCUCAUCCUCUCGCAGCCCGGACCCAGCCUAGCAUCACAGGCAGUGGGACGUUCAGGGCUCCCUGGGCCGUCUUUAGAGCCCCAUCUGGAGGUGCCACAGCACUUGCAAGUUGCAAAACACAUGCCAUCUUCAGCCGUAUCAGACGAACCCAGCGACCUGGAGGAGCUGGAGAAGUUUGCUAAGACUUUCAAGCAGAGGCGAAUCAAACUGGGGUUCACCCAGGGCGACGUGGGGCUGGCCAUGGGUAAGCUGUACGGCAACGAUUUCAGCCAGACCACCAUCUCCCGCUUCGAGGCUCUCAACCUGAGCUUUAAAAACAUGUGCAAGCUCAAGCCCCUGCUGGAGAAGUGGCUGAGCGACGCAGAAUCCACUCCCUUGGACUCCUCCAUGAGUACCCCGAAUUCCUACCCUUCGGUGAGCGAGAUGUUCGGGCGGAAGAGAAAGAAACGUACCAGCAUCGAGACCAACAUUCGUUCCACGCUGGAGAAGAGAUUUCAAGACAACCCCAAGCCCAGCUCGGAAGAGAUCUCCAUGAUAGCAGAGCAGCUCUCCAUGGAAAAGGAAGUGGUUCGGGUUUGGUUUUGUAAUCGGCGCCAGAAGGAGAAGCGGAUCAGCUGUCCAGUGCCAUCCACCAUAAAAUCCCCCAUCUACAACUCCAGACUGGUCUCUACCUCCGGGUCCCUGGGCCCCCUCUCAGUCAAUCCGAUCCACAGCACCAUGCCUGGGACAGUAACAUCGUCAUGUUCCCCUGGAAACACCAGCAGGCCCUCGUCCCCCAGUACAGGGCUCCAUGCCAGCAGUCCCAGUGCAUCCCAGAGCAACUCUAAAGCCACAAUGAACUCAUCCAACUUUAAUCCUUCUGGAUCUUGGUACCGAUGGAAUCAACCCACUUAUCUCCAUUGAGGCUAUUGCUUCAUCAUGUGCAAGGGAGCCCUGACUUCUAGCCAUGGACCAAAGUUUGGAGCGACGGUGCCUUCAAAGUGCAGCAGAAGGAAGGUCUUGCUUAUGGGAGCCCAGCACAGCUGAACUGUUUAGAGACUCGAGCUGUAACUGAAUGAGCCUCCCAGGAGAUUCUCAACUUCAGCAGUGAAAUUUAACACCCUUCCAGGUGUUAACCAAAACAAUCCCUCACCUAGCCAUAGCAGCACCAAACACUGUCCAACGCAUGCGGAUCUCCGCGAUGCUCUGUAUUGUCUGGCAAUAGCUAAUAUGGAAAGAUUUCCAUAUCACACUCCUCCUUCUCCUAGCUCAUUUCAGAGCUUCCCAUGAGAAGGGUCUGCAGUGCCGUAUCUGACCCCACACCCCUCCAUCCACACCCACAUCCCAGAAACCCCUGAACUGAACCCAGGUUACCACGGUCAUUUCACCAAAGACCUGCAUCUAGAUGUGAGCUUUGGUAUCCUAUCGACUUCCCAGGUUAAUGUUAUUGUGCUUUAUUGCCUACUCAAUGGUUUGCCUCUUUUCUCGCUUUCUUUAAAUGUUUACAGCCAGGUGCCUCUUUACCUUUUGGUUUUCCUUUUUAAAAAAAUGCACCUUAUUUGUAAAGACACUGCUCCAGUCAUUGCUCAGCUCCAAUCCUCACCACACUGCUCCCUGGGUGGCUGUCACUCUUAGACAUCAUGGGUGAAAUUCUGGCUCCUUUGAAACCAUAAGGAGUUUUGCCCAAGGAUUUCACCUCGUGUUGAUUUUGCUUCCCUCUUAUUUAUCCAUUGGGCUUCAUCAGCUACCAAACAACAAGACCUGCCUAAGUUUGUGUCUGUGUGUGUACAUGCCAAUCAUUCUUGCUGAAUUAUUAACAUGUAAAUAGCUUUCCCAUUCUUUGUGGUAUGUUCUUCCAUUCCUGGGAGGACAGUUUGUAUAACUCAGGUGUGAAUUUUGAGGAUUUUAUUUUUCUGUGUGUGUUUUGUUUAAUUUCAUUAAAAACUAAAGUAUAGAAAAUCUAACAAAUUUCACAGAGUAUCAACAGGGAAAUCAUGUUUAUUUCUCAGCUGGUCUAUCUGA